UUACCUGUAUUGAUGAACUCUGAUAUAAUCGAACCAUGGCACAAUCGGCUUCAAAGACGUGUGAUAUCUGUGUAAGUGCCCCCGGUUCAUGGUAUUGUUUAGACUGCGAACAGCAUUAUUGCGAGAAUUGUAAAAUACUACAUUCACGACAAAAACUGUCUACAAAUCAUCAGUUUGAGAAAGCUUCGGAUUUCAUCCCGGAAGAAAAAUCAAAAUGUAAUGAACACAACGAGGCAUUCUCUUUCGUUUGCAUAUCGUGUGAUGUUCCUGUUUGUGGAUGCUGCAUAACCGCGAAACACAACGGGCAUAAACUUUCUCAAUUCAAAGACAUCAUUGUACAGCUGAAAUCUAAAAGAAAACAAGAAAUUUUGACAAAGUUACAAAAAACAAGUGGAAACGUAUCUGAGUUGGAGAAAGCCUGUUUAUCAUUUAAUUAUCAAGUCGAAACUGGUAUUAGAUCAGCAAAAGAAGAAAGUGACAAAAUUAAAUCUAUGGUUGACCAGUAUACUGCUUACAAAAUUGUAUCCAUUCAGGAACAAGCACGAAAAGAGAGCGAACGAUUAGCAGCCAUACUUUCCGAUCAUAAAAUAGCUUUUGAAAAUGCAAACGCUUUAAAUAUCAGGAAAUCAAGUAUUGAAAAGCAAAGUCGAUAUGAUGGAAGUUUGAUGAAGAUGUUGAAAACCUUGAAUGAAGAUAUUGAUAAACUCGAGAUUUAUCCCCUUCCGGAAUUUCCAUCAGCUACCUACACCCCAAAGGAAGUCAAUGAAAAUGAUAUUUCCCAACUCUUAGGGAGGUUUGAACUAUGCAGCAUUGCAACAGAAACAUUUAUAGAAAACGAAAGUAGGCCACUAGAACAUGCAGAGGUAAGACAAAGCGGUAAAGUUUUCAAAUGUAAUAAAUGUGGGAAGCAAAAGAUACGAAUCGACAAUGAAUCUUAUCAUGUUAAUCAUUUUAUGUGCUGCCAUAUGUCCAUGGAAAGACAUAAAUAUAAAUAAACUUUUUUUAAAUAUCACAAUGAUCAGAACGAAGUUACAUCACGAUGAUCGAUGAACACAAAAAGUCCGAGUUAAAUAAAAAAAAAAAAACACUUUUUGUUGUGAGUCAUGCAUAAUGUGAGGGUUUGUAUAUUAAAAAAAAGAACAAUUAUUUUAAUUCUAUAUUUUGUACCCAUUAUUUUCUAAACGCAUGUACUUGUGAGUCACUUGUGUUUAUUCGACAUACAUUUAUGUUUUGUAUAAAACUAUAUUAAAAAAGGCCAUAAACAAGACCUAUGACUGUAAACCCUGUCACGACCGUCUGAUAAAAAUGAAAUCGAUGUUGUUCAACGUGAAGUAAGAAAAUAUUCAACAUGUGUUUAGAUCAAGCUAAUUUUAUAUUUAUCAUUAUUGUACAAACAAAAAUAAUGUAUAAUAGUUUCAUGGAAAAAUUAACCUCUUACAUUAUAUAUUGAGGAAUUUACUUAACUUUUUGUUUUAUAUUUUAUCAGUUACUGUAGUUAUUUUCCUUUUGUUGUUUUUUGUAAAAUAUUGAAUUGCUAGGUAUGAAUUAAUGCAUUUCCUCGACUAUUUAACAAUCAUGCAGGAAUUUUAACAACUGUUCUGUUUUCGUGUAAAACAAAUGACCAUAUCAAUAAGAGAAAUUGGUCUGAAUAAAUAUCUAGUGGAGUAGUCAGGCAACAAUGAAUACUUUCUUUCAGCAAAAAGAAUGAUUGAUCCAUGGUUUAAAUUUUCAGUGGCAUUUAUUUUAUAUUGAAACAGAUUGGAGGCUGUAGCCUACCUUUAACAAGCGCAUUGUUUAACUUUUGCGGACAGUUUUCUGAUAUCAUUUAAAAUCAUAACACAAUAGACAACUUCCUUUCCAUGAUGAACAAGGAGUUGUAAAAGUAUAAUUUUAUAUUGUAGGAGUUAUUCUUAUAAAAUCUUAUAACUGAUAAUAUGCACCUAACAAAUAUAUCCUACAAUCAAAUGACUAUCAGACAGAUUCUUGAUGAACUGUUAUAGUGAAGGAAUAAUUUUACUAGUCAAGGAAAUAAAUUAAAAAAAGGUGUAUUUAAACAAUUAAAUGUAGAGAAAUGAAAAAAAACCUUUUAUUAAACAUGUUAAAGAAAUUCAUUAAAAUUCAAAAAUUUAUCUUCCUUAUCUAAAAAGUUUAAAACAAAUUGUUGUAAAACCUGAUAGUUUUAAAUAGUAUAUAUAGUACUUAGCUACCCUUUUUAAAUUGUAUAUUUAAAUACACUGAUUAACAUAACUGUUAUGAUUUAUGUGUGUGUUUGCGUUUUGUAAGAUGCAUGAUAAAUAUUCUCGUCGUAUGUAAUCAAUGCACGUUAUUGUAAAAUAUUUUUGG